UUUUAUGGUCUUGGUGUCUGGUGACGUAAUAAGACGUCACUGUUUACCCAUGCUACAUUGCAGUUUUUAACAUGUCGUCCACCAUCUUUUGAGGCAACAUCAAUCGGUCCCUCAAAUCCACUCCAUCCAGCGUGAAUGAAGUGGUUUGAGCAACAGGACCCCAGCAGCAAUGCUCGCCAACGGCCAAGAAAUGAACCCCGUGUCUAAUGUGAGGCAUGGGGCUACUCGAUCGCAGGACGAUGCAAUGGUCGGAUACUUCUUCCAGCGCCCACAAAGUGACCCGGAUUUCCAAAACUACAACAAGCAAUCCCGCUGGGCAUUAGGCGACGACAGCGUACUCGAAGCCCGUGGCACAGAAGCACCAGAACUGGAGACAGACUUUCAGGCCCUCGCCUUAGAAACUAGUCAUCAACUAGAGAUCCCCGCCUCGACCAAGAAGCUGUGGUCACUUGAGGAGACGGGCCCCAAGCCCGAGGACAGCAAGGGCCUCUUCCUGGGAGACCAGUGGAGAGACCCCACAUGGAGCACAGGUGGCCAUGCCAGCACCUCUGAGCAUGCCGUGUCACAACCAAUCAUGGUUCAGCGACGGAGUGGUUCCUACCCUGGCAGCGAGGGUGCCUCCAUGUUGUCGCCACGCUCCUCUGAGACCUCGGGCCUGGGUGUCAAGAUGGUCGAGUACGUGCUGGGAAGCUCUCCCACCAUCAAGGAUCUAGACUCUCGCAUGGUUGGCCGCAUGCACGUUGGUCCUCCGACCAAUGAUCCGGAAAAAGUGAAGAAGGGAAAAGACGGCAAGCUGAAAGAUGCAGACGGACGAACUGCGGUGAUGCAAGCCAACGGCAUCAUGCACAAUGGAAUUGACGACGACAAGGUCUACAACCCUGUUGGGUACAGAGGCGGGGGUGGCAGCCGGCAAGCGUCUCCUAGUGAGGACAAAGGUGACAAGCUGUCCAAGGCUCCUCUAGAAGCCCUGGUCAUGGGGCCAGGAAGUUCAGGGCCACCACUGGAGGCACACUUUGAUCACCACACAAUGGACUUAAGCUCGUUUGAUUACCCACCACAUGGACUGUUGCCUACCUCUAUGGAGUCUCCAGGAAUGCUCGACUAUACCUCACAGUUGUAUCAGCAACACCAUCAGCAACAGCAGCAGCAGCACCAGACGCAACACCAGCAGCACCAACAGCACCAGCAACAUGCUCAGAGAGGUCAACACGGAGGCCCCAUGGCGUUGGUACCAGGUGCCCAGUACUCCUUGGGCCAGGGGCAGCAGCAAGGAGGCGCACUUGGCGUACCACCUCCCGCAGCACCCACUCCUUCACCCUUUGCACCCCCUUCCACACCAUACCUGCUGAACCAGGAUCCUUAUGGAGCACCACCCCAUCCUCUGGGCAUCGUCACGGGCCCAGCCAUGAUGCCACAGUACUAUGGGAUGCCUCCAUGGGGUAUGUUCCCAACGCCAGCAGCUCCAGGCCUCCUGCAAGGCCAGGGGGGCCAGGGUGCACCACCCCAGCAGGUGCCACAGCAAGUGCAGCAGCAGAUGCAGCAGCAAAUGCAACAGCAGGUGCAGCAGCAGAUGCUCAGAGGCAGUGGGGCACGACCCAUGACACCACAGGGAAGUGGCGAGCCACUGUCUCAAGCACCUCCGGGAGGAGGCCAGUAUCAAAUGCUAGCACCUCCCUACUACGACCAGAAUGGAUCGCUAAUGAUGGGUAACACACGGGCAGUCCGCCUUAUGCCGCCAGUGCUGGUAAAUCCAGGUGCACCAGGAACCAGCGCUCCCAGCCAACCUGGGUCCCUGAAUGGUGGCAGCCUACGCUUGCUGGGCUCUGGCAGUGCAGGGGCAACGGCUGGCAGUGGGCCCCCUCAAGGUCCCCAGGGCUCGGGUCUCUUCUCUGCUGCAACCGGGGGGUCUAGCCACCCGUUUGGUGCUGCUGGUUCAGGAGGCUACAACCCGGGUGCUGGUGCAUCUGCCUUCUCCGGUGGAUUUGCAUCUGGCCUUGGGGUUGGCUAUGGGGGUUCUUCAUCUCUUGGACCCAUAGGAACAUCACCUGCUGGCCCUGUAGGCUUAGGUCUUGGUGGGAGCACAGAGUCCCCUCGGCGAGACUCGCUGGAACGACGCGACGGCACGGCAGCCAUGUUGGGUGGCAGUCGGGGCCCCUUUGCUGCAACUCUCGAGUCGGCCUAUUCGGCAGCAGGAGGGCCCCUGGGUGCAAAGGGAAGCCAGUUCUAUGGGGCGCUCGGCACAGUGGCGGCCUCUCCAGGCCCAGUGGGCAUGCUGCCCCAGAGCUUGACACCUCCUCCACCCUCCCUCAAUGGGUCCUCGUCCAACCUCAGCUUAGGAACAUUUGGGAGCCGGAUGAUGUCGGCUGCACCUGGGGCUGAGGCCAAGUACUUGGUGCGAAAUGGACCCCUCAGCAGUGUUCUGGGUUCUUCCAAUGCACUGGUGCCCGGCCGCACGCUCCAGAGGAACUCGAGCCUGGAGAAGCCCCCUGGCCGCAGCCGCCUCUUAGAGGACUUCCGAAAUAACCGCUACCCUAACCUUCAACUCAGAGACCUGGCCAACCACAUAGUUGAGUUCUCCCAAGAUCAGCAUGGCUCCAGGUUCAUUCAGCAGAAGCUCGAACGAGCGACACUAGCAGAGAAGCAGCUGGUGUUCUCGGAGAUACUCGGAGCCGCCUACAACCUGAUGACCGACGUGUUUGGCAACUAUGUGAUACAAAAGUUCUUUGAGUUCGGCAGUGCAGAGCAGAAGCAGGCUCUGGCACUGAAGGUCAAAGGGCAUGUGCUGCCCCUGGCUUUGCAGAUGUACGGCUGCCGUGUCAUCCAGAAGGCCCUCGAGUCCAUCUCGCCUGACCAACAGAAAGAGGUUGUGAAAGAGCUGGACGGCCAUGUGCUGAAAUGUGUAAAAGACCAGAAUGGCAACCACGUUGUACAAAAGUGUAUAGAGUGUGUGGACCCUUCAGCACUGCAAUUCAUCAUCAACGCCUUUCAAGGACAGGUGUUUUGUCUGUCGACACACCCGUAUGGGUGCCGGGUAAUCCAGCGCAUCCUGGAGCACUGCACGGGUGAGCAGACAGGACCCGUGCUGGAGGAGCUCCACCAGCACACGGAGCAGCUGGUGCAGGACCAGUAUGGCAACUACGUGGUGCAGCACGUGCUGGAGCACGGACGGCCCGAGGACAAGGGCCGCAUAGUGGCCGCCGUCCGAGGCAGAGUGCUGCCCCUCUCCCAGCACAAGUUUGCCAGCAACGUGGUUGAAAAGUGCGUCACGCAUGCCUCACGCUCGGAGCGCGCCCUUCUUAUUGAGGAGGUGUGCGCCUAUGUUGAUGGGCCUCACAGUGCCUUAUACACAAUGAUGAAGGACCAGUACGCCAACUACGUGGUGCAGAAGAUGAUAGAGGUGGCCGAGCCGCCUCAGCGCAAGCUGCUGCUACACAAGAUCCGUCCGCACGUGCCCUCGUUGCGCAAGUACACCUAUGGCAAGCACAUCCUGGCCAAGCUGGAGAAGCACCUGCUCAAAAGCGGCGACCAGAUCCUCUCCUCGGGAGGCGGCCAAAGCGGCGCCUCCAAUGGGGCCCUCUGAGGCGCUCGCUCGUCCCCUCUCUCUUCCUCUGCGUUGCCACCAGACAAGGCGACAUUGGGGUGCUGCAGGUGACGACAAGCCUCGCCCGUCGUGCACCAUCAAAGCAACAGUGCAGGCGUGCGUUGGUGCAUUGUUUAAUUUGCGCAUCCGCUGCGCAGCUAUUCUUUGUGUGGCACUCUUUUUCUCUAUUGUUCUGUUAGGUGGUGAAGCCCUUUGGUCGAGACGCAAGUGAUACUAGGAGCCCCUGUGCAGCUCUAGCUUUUUUGACGCCUCUUUGCGGGGCUGAAAAAUGUGCACAAGCCCUGGGGGUUUCCCUGUUGUAGCUGGGUGGUGCUUUUGCCCGAACCUCUCUACACUAGAGCGCGCUGUGUCUCUUUAAAAGGUAGCCGCCGUAUGUUAAGCUCUCAUCCUCCUUUCACCCCCUUUUCUCCUCGCUCAUUUCCCACAUCUGUGCUCUUACCUAGGCAAAGCUGCGAUCACUUAGUGUGAAUGGCGCUUUCUACAUUGUUGUUCCCGCGGGAUCACCUGUCGGGUGCAGCCGUCUGUGCGAGUACAGACUUUUCUUUCUGUAGGCGUGACAUUUUUCACUGUUAUAACAUUCUGGUCUCCUUGCCAAGACUAGUUUUCAUGUUGUACAUUCUAUUACCCUAGUUUUCUUCAUGCACUCCUCCCCCCUUGUUCUUUUUAUUGGGGUUGUAGGGGGAAAAAAAUUGGUGCAAUUUUUUGUAUCUCCAUCUUGCGCUAGAUAUUAGAUUGGACAUGGGAUCAUCCCCGUUUGAUUGAAAGAAUCCUGUUGUUCAACUGAUCACUCCCUGACUUUUCAGUGUACAGUGUUGAGGUGCUUGUUUUGCCUGCUUUGUGUUAAGAUUCAUUUAGGGGUUUUCUGCCGACGCACGUUAAAUUUCCAUUGGUCACGAGGCUGGAAAGGUUUUGUUCCCUCAAUCGAGCAUUCUCGGGCGACGAAACGUCUCCGCAUCAUGAUCAGGAACCCAUGUGCAGUUCUGCCCGUCUCACUUCCCUCCGCUUUGUACAGCAUCUUGUCAGCAGUUUGUACAGCAACGCUGUUGGCAAUCAUCCCCACACUUUCUCAUUUUUCACAGGUUUUUCAUCCUCUCUCCCGUAUUAACCACUCAGCUUUUGUUUUUCAAAGCUUGUCAUGACAAGGCAGUGCUCUUCUUUUUCUUUACUUUUUUUUAAUAUUUUUAUAUCUUACUUGCUUCUAGAGACUGAAUGAAGCAUGUUUCAUGUGCUGGCUUCAUUUAGGAGGUUGGGAGGGUCCGCAGACAGUGCUAUGUGCAUUUUGUACAGUUUGUUUUUGAAGUUACAAGACAGGCAUUGGGGCAUACCAUGCUGCGCCUCACCAUCUGCAAGUUUGUAAAUUAUGCCAUUGCGGGAGUGACAGAAGAAUGAACAGAAAGGCGCACACAACUGCAUGCAAGUUUGAAAGAAUCGCAAGGACUUGCUUUCUCUCUUUCUCUUUUUCCUCUUUCUUUUAUUCAUUUUCAAAGAUGUGCUGUAUAACUGCACAGCGCUAUUCGAGCCUUCACAUCAUGUAAACUAGGUUUUAAACAGAAAAAAAAAUUACACUCAUUCUCUUUUCUGCAAAGCGGCUGUUUUUAGGACUGUAAAAAGGAAAGAAAAAAAACUGUGACGAGGCAUUUUGCUGCCUACAAAACUUGUCUAUUAUGUACAUUCUGUAAAUUAAGAGAGUAACUAACAAAGAUUGCAUCUUGCCAUUCUGUCUUGUCUGCCUUGAUUUUUCUGUUUCAAUUUUGUUCUGCUUCUCUACCCUGUCGCUGCUAACCCUGCUACCGGUUUUCAUAGCAAUUCUCAGAAGUGUUGUGGAUAGAACGACGUUAGUGGUCCUAGCUGUCACAGUUGCACAAAAGUGCUGUCAUGCACAAGGGGUAAAAAAAAAUAAAAUUUUCCUCUCUCUACUGGUAAAUUCUCUGCAGUGUUAUGGUAAAAAAAAAUCAGCUUUUCCUCCUUUGCACAAAGGUUGUUUUUUUGUUUGUUUUCUCACUGUAGUUGCGAUCUCAAAUGUGAGAAGCUUAUUUAUUUCCUCCUGCAUAUGUAUUUAAAGAGUGUCAUAUAGCUGAACGUAUAUGUAAUAUUCCCCCUCCAGUUUUCCUUUUUUUUUUUUUUUAAAGAAAUGUGCAUAGCCAAAUGGUACUACUAGGAGCACCAGUUUACCACGCAGUCACUACUCCACUUCAUGUCAGCUAGACUUGUAUAAACUUGGUUUGGUAAACCUACUGUAUCAAACUGCAUGUUGUUUUGUAGACGUCUGACUUGUUUCUCUCUUGUGAAGGCAGUAGGUUGGAGUGAAUAUUAGCUUUUAGCUUUAGGUUGUUUGCAUAACCAGCACUGCAUGCUGUCUCCCCGUCCAUGCAUGGCUGUAGAAUGUGUGUCUCUCUUUUUAGAGGAAGCCACCACUCCCUUUCUACAAGCAGCUUAAACAAGAAGCUACAUCCGGGCGUUAUUUGUAUAUAAGUGCUAUUGGACACUUCAUUGAUCUUCUGUCCUUGUCGGAAUCCUCUUUUUUACAUUUUUCCUGCUAAAAGCGUUUGUGGCCCUUGGUGCUAGGCCAGGCUGUUUCCUGAAUGAAAUCGUGUGUAGCCUUGAAGAUAGUAGUUUUAUGCAAAAGCACUGCGUGUGUUUUCUCCCCGAAGUCGAUCAUUUAUCUGCACCUUGGUGUAAAGUGCUUGUCACUUCAGAAAUGUAUUUCACAUCUUGUACAGUUGCAAAGUUAUUUUACGAAGUUUACCAUUUGAAUUUUGGAAACAACAUACUCUCGAUUUCAGUUUGUCUAUGGAAUUGGAUGCUGCCAACAUAUUACGCGCUGGUUUCGAAUUCUAGACUAUUGUUUUAAUUUGCUCGUAGGUUUAGCUGGCUCAGUGGCCAGUGUUCAAUCGGAGUUCAUCCUUGCUACAUAAUUGCGAGCUUGUUGUGCAUUUGUUCAGAAUCGCUCCAGGUUAUUGUUAAAGCCUCAGCAGUCCUUUUGCAGCAAAAGGACUGCUGCAUAGCGAAAUCAGAGAGUUGCUAAACAAAGUUAGCACACAUUGCUAAACGAAGGCUGAAAUUAAAUCGUGAGAAAAUUAAUUUUAGUGCAUGACACUAAUUGUGACAUCUAUCAUAACACAUAUAUAUAUGUGAAAUAAAUGCGGGGAAAUUAUGGAAGAAUUGUUGCCAACGCAAUGGAUUUGGGCGUCUGCUUGUCUGUGGGUGCGUGUGUGUGUGUUUUCAAACUUGUGCAUGUGCACAAAUGUAAUUGUGCUUUUUGUUAAUGGUUGUCUACUCCAUGUAACUGCUUUUUGCAAGAUGCACCCAUUUUUGGGCAUCUCUCUAAUGAGCUUUUUUUUUUUUUUUUUUUUCCUACUGUGAGCAUGGAGGGCAACCGCAAGUUUGCAUGCUGUUAUGUGAUUUGAUGCAGUUUUCUUAUUACCUCCAUGCAUCCAAGCAUUUUGUAUCGCUUCUGUGCUAGCUUUUUUGUUUUUCUCGUGGUACCAUGCACAUAUUUUUUGAACAUGUAUCUGCAAACAUGUUUUUCUCUCCCACCUCUUUUGUGUGGCCAUACCGUCAUAUAUAUAUAUAUGUAUAAUGUAUGUAAUAAUGCCUGUGGAUGUGUGCAUACUUUGCUCCUGCAUGGAGAUACCCUUGUCGGAGCAUUUUGGCUGUGCAGUUUUUGCCCUAGGCCAACUCGCUUUUUUUUUUUUUUGCUUCUGUGUUAUACAUAUGUCUGUAUAAAUAUGUACAACGCAUAAUUGUGCCCUCUGCUUCUAUUCAGUAAGUGGGCGAAAUUUGUAAAUUUUACAGUUGCAGGCACUUCCUGCUUCUUCAAAAAACUUUUCUCCUCUCCCCCCAUCCAAUCUGGUGCCUGUUUGUACUUGGUGGAAGCAAGACUUAGUCGGGCUUAAUGUGUUGUAAUUACAUUGUACAGUGUAUUUGCCCUAUUUGCACUCUUUUUUUUUUUUAAUACGGUGGUGGGGGAAAUCAAAAUUAGCCACUUUUCUCAUGAAGACUGCUUCUUUUUUUUCCUCUUUUCUAUCUGCUUCAUCAUGGCUCGUGUAAAAUGUGGGGAAAUGACAUAAAAAAAGGGAAGAUAUAGUUUUAACUGUAGACAACACUCACUCACUAUUUCCACUUAUAGACUGUUUGUGUACGUAAGCCACAUUCAAA